UUGACAGUAAUUGUUGAGGAGCGCCUUGCUUUACUUUUCUGUUGUCUGUGGCCACUGUCUUUGUUGUUGUGUAUAAUUAUUAGUAUAUGGGAGACGUUUUAUGCCUCAUAAAAGUUUGUUUCCAUAUAAGUUGUAAUAACUGACGGUGGGCUGCGGCGUUAGCCUGAAUUUAUUGAGGCUGCUAACUUAACCACGAGCGAGUGGACUCCGAUUUUAUGUUUUUCAUUUUUAUCGAAAGGACAAUGAGGAAGGAACAUGCGUUUGGAUCAUAAACAACGACGGGUUGUUUACAAAAGGGGACAUGGAGAAAAUGACACUCUACUAGCACAAGAAGACGUAGAGACAUAAAGGAACCGUUCGAACCGUAAACCUUGUGGCGCUCCUGUUUUUACUUAUCAUUUCUGGAUUAAUUGACAACAGACUACUUUGUUUUUUUCCUGUCUGUCUUUGUGAGGAAAUCUGUGAUGCAUUCACCAAUGGAGAACUGAGGGUGAGCCCCCUCUCAACAUGCUAGCUCUGAGGCUGGAGCAGGGCAAGCGAGGGGGUGGUGAGGUUGAUGGCCUGCAGAAAGGGGCAACCUUGACUUGGCAGGGCCGUCAGUCAGGGAGGCCCCCUUCCCACGAACAGGGCAUUAACAUCAGGGAGAAGAUCUCCCAGUGGGAAGGUCGCAGUCAGCAGGGCAGCAGCCAGGAUACUGGGGUGAAAGCACACCCUCCAAUUGUGUCCCAAACUCUGUCUCGAGAUGUCCUGGGUAACAGAUGUUCCAACGAGGGAUCAAGAGGGGGGAACUUCUCCAAAGCUAAGAGCUUGGGCUUAGAUUUUCGAGAAUGCCCAGCACAAGCUGGACAUAGUGUGAUCGGUAGGAAGUCAGAACCUCUGCAAAUAUGUUCCACUGAAUUUCCAUCCCCAGGAAAUACACCACUUGCAGCACAAAUAUUUGCGUCUCCAAAAGUGGAGGCUAACACUGCUAACUCUCCAGGUAAACAAAUCUUCACUGCCAAUGGCAACCAAAAAACAGAUUGCAUUUUGGAUCUUGAAGUCAUCUCAAAACAUCUACCUCUAUCAACUGAUGACCAAGAAGACAACAUGCCUGCUGGAAACUUCUACACUUCACGGGGUUUCUGGCGUAAACUUGAGGGGGACAGACUGCUCUGGGAGAAAGGCACUGAGUCUUCAUGUGAAGCUCAGCCUCCUCCCAAACCUCUGCGGACAUUCCAGUAUCGGGGAGCCAACAACAACAACACAGGUCACACAAUUCAAUGGGACAGCAGAUCACCUCAUAACAACCACACCAACGUGGGGAGUAGGAGGGUAUCCCACCCACCUAGCUUCCCACCUCCUCCAUGUCCUGUUGCAAAGACUAAUGGGCUUUCAAGGCAUAAAAAGAACAGGAAGUCCUUUGAGUAUGAGGAUGCAGCACAUCUGACGGCGAAACAAGACACGCUGGGAGGCCAGGCCAGGCACUCAGGCCUUUACCAUGCCCACUCUGAUGACAAUAUUUAUGAGGACAUUGUUUGUGAAAUCACCAGAGAUAAUCCCUAUGAAGAUGUCAACCUAUCUCCCAUGUGCCUCCCUAUUGGAAGGCCUUACAUCCCAAAGCUGCCCCCUAAACCCCAAACGUUGCAAGACUAUACUGGCAAAUUGGAGAGGAAGAGGUUCCAAACAGCAACCAAAUCCUCAAUCCUUGCAGAUACUCCCAAACCAGCUACAACCCUGUGCACAAGCACUCAAAAAUCCCAGAGGAUGCCUCAGUACGUCAACAAGAUUGAGACCAUCUUUGACGACAAGAGAGGGAGGAAGAGAGUAAAGAACCAGGGAAUUUCUGUGCGAGAGGAGACCAGCGGGACAGAGAGCGACCCCGAAGACAACAGCAAAGUAGGCUCCAGGAGAUCGGUUUAUAUCCAGUCAACACUGAAACGCCAGCCAGGCUACCGCACCCUGGAGAGAGACCUGAUCCAGCUGCAGCAGCAGCAGCUUUUCCAGAUCUUCGUGGUGGUGUCACUGAGAAAAGGCUCUCCAGGAAACACCUACUCCCCUGAAAUCACGCAGCAGUUCCCCAAAAUGUUUGAGAAGUCGUCCCGGCUCUCCAGAGAGGCUGAAGAUCAGCUGAACAUCAUUCCCAAGUUCUGCUUCCCCGACUCACAGGACUGGAAGCCCUCUGCACACAUGCCAAGUGAGACCUUCUCCUUUGUCUUGACCGGAGAGGAUGGCAGCCGCUGGUUUUGUUACUGCCGUAAGAUCUUGCCAAGUGGGAAAGGAAAGAGGCUUCCUGAGGUGCACUGUAUUGUCAGCAAAUUGGGCUGUUUCAACCUGUUUGCAAAGAUUUUGGAGGAGGUGGAGAGGCGCAGGGAGAUUUCCCCGGCUCUUGUUUACCCUUUUAUGCGUAGCGUGAUGGAGGCCCCGUUUCCAGCCCCUGGACGCACAGUCACUGUUAAGAGCUUCCUCCCUGGCUGUGGGAAUGAGCUACUCACUUUGUGUCGACCAGUGGACUCCAGACUGGAGCACGUGGACUUUGACAGUCUUCUGCAGUGUCUCAGUGUUGGGAAACUCCUGCAGGUGUUUGCGUCUCUUCUGCUUGAGAGGAGGGUCAUCUUAAUCGCUGACAAACUCAGUGUGCUGUCUCGGUGUGGCCAUGCAGUGCUGGCGCUGCUGUACCCCUUCACCUGGCAGCACACCUUUGUGCCUGUGCUACCAGCCAGCAUGCUUGACAUUAGCUGCUCCCCCACCCCAUUCCUCAUCGGGGUCCUGGCACCCUGCCUGCCACAGCUGCUGGAGCUGCCCAUCGAGGAGGUGCUCAUAGUGGAUCUGUGUGCAGACAAGUUUGUCAUCGAGUUGGGCGAUGAAGACUGCAUCCUGCCCAGUAAACUGCAGGCAGCACUGCAGCAGAUCCUGGAGGAGAGAGAAGAUAUUCUGAGGCAGGAGGGUGGAGACAGAUGUGGAGGUCAGCAGGGUGACCUGAGCUCUCUGGUUUCGGAGGGUUUUGUGCGGUUGUUCGUGGAGCUGGUGGGCCACUAUCCUCUCCACAUGGUUGAGUCCUCCAACGGAAGCAGGGAGCUCCAGCGCGACAGCUUCCGCAAAUCUCACCCCUCUCGUGGAGUCCGCCAGUUCCUGCAGCUCUUCAUGGAUACUCAGAUGUUUGCCGGCUUCAUACAGGACAAAGAGAUGCGCAAGGGAGGGGGAAGAGGUCUCUUUGAGGUCAGAGUGGCUGAGUAUCUGGAUUCGUACCCUGAGCCGGAGCCAAGUGGUGUGAACAAGUUUCUUAAAGGACUGGGAAAUAAGAUGAAGCUCCUGCAAAUUAAAUAAAAAAAAAUCCAACACCCUGGCUUUUAAAUGAAAUAAACGUAAUUAAAAACAGAACACUUGCUGCUGCUGGACUUUCUGAGGAAAUGAAUGUAGAAGAGAGUCUUGUGUUCUGAUGUGAAUGAGACAGUGAAGAGUUUGGAUAUGAGAGACCUGGCUCAUGUUAUAGCCAUGUACGCAGUCUUAAAAGCAGUGCACUUCUUAUUGGACGAAAACUGGAAACAGUUUUUUUGUUUUUAUUCUUUUCAAGCAUUGAGCACAACGCAUUGUUUUGGAAAACUACAAAAAAUCCAUUCCAGCUUCAACCAACGUGUGGUUAACUCUUUUCUCUUUGACUUUGAAUGGAAACAUGUUUACUUGCAAGACUUUCACAUUUAGAUUCAUCUCUACUGCACAAUGUGUUUAUUUUACAGUAAAUAUAACUUAAAUGUUCAAUCUCAAAAUAAUGUAAAAUUCCAUUAUCCACGUUGCAUUUGUUUCAGCACAAACUGGAAAAAUCUAUUGUUUACUGUUUUUUAUUUGUUUAAAUUUCAAAUUAAGUAUAGGUUUAUUAAGUUUGAUUAAAACAUUUGUGUAAAAAAAAAAAAAAGUGUCAGACUCCAGGUUAAACCUCAAUCAAAAUACAUUUACAUAUGCUUUUUUUUUUCUUCUUUUCUGGACUUUCUCCUUGUUAAAUGGAGCUGUAAAUAUUUUUUUUUUACAUUUUGCACAAUGUUGAUAACCAGUGUACAGUAUUUAGAAUAUUUUUUUUUUUAUAAAUGCAUGAUGUGUCCUACAUAUGUUUUGAAUAAAUUGGGUUCCCAGGGACAGUA